UGUGGCUCACCAGCCUGAAAAAAAAUUCUUAGGAUCAGUCUCCAUCAUUAUACUUUACUUGACCGGCUAGUUCUGCAAAUUUUUUCUCGAGAUCUUCAAAAUUCAAAAUUUCUCCCCGACCUUUUUAAUUGGGUGAUUAAUCUUGGCAUCCGUCUGAACGUCAUCCGUUCCUAAUCACGACCACAUCGGAUAAUCGGGAGCACCAAAUUAACAUCAGAAUCAAAAUCGACAAUUGGAUUCCUUCGAUUUUGAUUUAAUUUUAGUUACUCGAGACGGACGGACUCAUUGAUCACUCAUUAAUUUAAUUUAAUUUCAAUAACUUAAAUUCCAUUCAUCCAUUGAUCGUCCAACCAAUUCAAAUAAUAACUCUUGUUUAAAUUUGAAUUAAGUUUCUUCCCCCUAAAAAUUGGACAGGGUUUGUCGUGUCCAUCCAACACGUAGUUAAAAAUACUGGACUCAACAUUAUAUAUGAAAAUCAGAGUUAAGAGUUAGCAACACAAUCAUCAGUCCAAUUUCUAUUCGAAUCAGAGUUGUAGGGAAACAAAAAUCGUGUAUCAAGAUUUCGUUUUUGGUUAGGUAGGUUUCAUUUUCUGUUGUUGCAUGGAAUUCAGAAUAUUUAGAAUAAUUUUAGCCAAUACGAAGAGCUAAGAAAUUUAUUAUAUAUCAUGUACUAAACUAUUAUAUUACUUGUUAAAGUUGUUUUUGGUUGAGUUGGUCAAUUUUGUAGGAUUAGCAGUAGAAUCCGUUAUUAUUAUUUCCUGAUUUCUUCUCGACCCGAGAAAUUUCACGAAUUUUGUUAUAAUUCAGUUUCAUAUUCAUUAUUGUUAUAUUUCAAUUUAUUGGAUUCUGCUGACUGAACGUAAUUGUUAAUACAUUUAUAAAUUCAGUUCAUUAGGUUUAGUUUAUAGAAAAAAUUAGUUGUUAAAUUAAUUAAAAAACACUACGCUACAAGUUGAAAAUCCACUGGCCAGCACGAAACUGCGAUAAGUUGAAGGUUCCUCGUUAACUACGACACGGAAAGUUGUGUGUGAUUGGAAAUAGUUUUUGCAAAACCAUUUGGUUUUAACAAAUCAUGGCCAGUGGUAACGGGGACCUGAGCGGGCUGACCGAUGAGGUAACUGACGGCCCUGUUGAAACUGGAAAGGUUGACGCUACUGGUGGCGGUGACACUUUCAAUUCUUCAACAACUUCUACUCCGAGCGAAUCUGUCGAACCGCUGAAAAUUCCAGCGGAUCAACGAUCGGCAGAUUAUCAAAAACUCAUCCAGUAUGGUCUUGAUGAAAAAGUUUCUGCUAAACUGGAUGAUAUUUACAACACUGGGAAACUAGCGCAUAGUGACCUUGAUGAGAGGGCAUUGGAUGCUCUCAAGGAGUUUCCCGUUGACGGGGCUCUAACGGUGCUGAAACAGUUUCUGGAUUCGAACCUGGAACAUGUUUCCAACAAGUCGGCCUAUCUGUGUGGCGUCAUGAAAACUUAUCGACAGAAAUCCCGUACCACUCUUACCGCUUCUCAAGGUGGCUCGCCAACUGGAAGCCCUGUGAAAGGACCGGACGAGGCAAAAAUCAAGGCGAUCCUGGAACGAACUGGCUACUCCCUGGACGUAACUACUGGUCAAAGAAAGUAUGGAGGUCCUCCACCCAGUUGGGAAGGCAUUCCACCCGGCAACGGCUGUGAAGUUUUCUGCGGCAAAAUCCCUAAAGACAUGUAUGAAGACGAACUGAUUCCCCUCUUCGAAAAAUGUGGUGGAAUCUGGGAUCUUCGUUUGAUGAUGGACCCCAUGACCGGGCUCAACAGGGGUUAUGCCUUUGUCACAUUUAUGAAUAAGGAUGGAGCUCAGGAAGCUGUUCGUCAGCUUAAUGAAUUUGAAAUCCGUAAGGGUAAAAAGAUCGGGGUUACAAUUUCGUAUAACAAUCACCGUUUGUUUGUCGGGAACAUUCCUAAGAACAGAGACCAUGAUGAACUCGUUGAGGAAUUUUCGAAACAUGCUCCUGGUUUGACGGAAGUGAUCAUCUACAGCUCUCCAGAUGAUCGAAAGAAGAACCGUGGUUUUUGUUUCCUUGAGUAUGAAUCACACAAAGCUGCCUCUCUUGCCAAGCGUCGUUUGGGUACAUCAAGAGUCAAAGUGUGGGGAUGCGACAUCAUCGUAGAUUGGGCGGACCCACAAGAAGAACCUGAUGAUGAGACCAUGUCCAAAGUGAAAGUCCUGUACGUGAGAAACCUUACUCAAGAUGUAGCCGAGGAAAGGUUGAAGGAGCAGUUUGAACAGUUUGGAAAAGUGGAACGAGUCAAAAAAAUCAAGGACUAUGCCUUUGUCCACUUUGAAGAACGUGACGGAGCUGUGAAAGCCAUGGAUGAGCUGAAUGGAAAAGAUGUGGGCGGAUCUCUCAUUGAAAUCUCGCUUGCUAAACCUCCGUCCGAUAAGAAAAAGAAGGAAGAAAUUCUUCGAGCCAGAGAACGAAGAAUGAUGCAAAUGAUCGCAACCAGGCCGCCUCCAUAUGUCGACAUGCUUCCACCUUUGGCAGUUGGUGGUGGUGGUCGUGGGCGCGGUGGGAUGCGCGGAGGACACAUGGGUCGCACAGAUUUCGAAUACCAAAUUGGAUUCAAUCCGUCUUACUUGGAUUUUUCGUCUCACCCUCGAAACCGUAAUACCGCAAGUGAUCAUAAUCCUGAAUUUGGAUCCCGAUAUGGUAACGAGAGACAUCGUGGAUACAACAAUUCCAGAGUGUCUGGAAGCGCAUCAAGCCACAUUUUACAAAACGACAUGUACAGUGGCUACUCCUCUUCGUAUCGACGCAACAAUAACAACAAUGAUCAUGGAUCAAGAGGUUCGCGUGACAGGAGUCUAAAUUACAGCUACAGCUACAAUUCUCGCACGGUUGGGCGUGGCCGUGGGAUAGCGCAUGGUCACGAGCUGGAAAUGGGACAGCUGGGCGAUGGGCAGAUGGGGCCGGAGAUGCAUGGAAUGGUACUGGGGGAGCUGCAGGGUGGGGUUCAGCAUUCCGCGCACCAACUGGUCCCGCAGCUGCCAUACCGUGGACAUGGAAUCCAACUAGUCGCUCGGGCUUCGCUACCGGAAAUGGCUGGAGUCACCGCCCUGGUGAACAACGGCAACAGAAACAACGCACUCAGGGGAAAUUUUCGACGAAGGAUCAACGAUAACUUCGGUGCGACGGGAUCCGGGGUUGACGGGUUUACUGAUGUCUGGAUGGACGCAACGCGAUAAAUAUUCAAUUCACCACUAAUACACACAUGUUCAAAAUUCAAGCUAUCAUUUAACAACCUUCAAUCAAUCAUCAACCAGACUCAUCAUUGGAGCUUGUAAAACGAAUCUUUAAAACAAAACUAUUAUGAAACUUAAUCAGCAUGCAGAAGAACAAGUUGUCAUUCAACUUCAAAACCAAUGUUAAAAUAUUUCGCAACAGAGUUAUAAUGCUGAAAAUCAAUAUUAUUAUUAUUCUUAUCCUUAUCAUUUAAUUAUUACGACCUUUUAACACUGUGAACAAUGAAAGGUUUAAAUAUAAUGAACGUUACAGAUGUCUAUAAAAAUAAUAAUGUUGAAUAAGAACUAAAGUCAACAGAAAGAAAGAGGGAGAGAGAGAGAAACAAGAUCUAAUAUAUUUUUAAUAAUAUCGGCGACUCGUAUUUGAUAAGACGUUAUAAAUAAGAUUACGUAAUCCAAUUUUUCAUCCAGUGGAUUCAAUCAGGGUAGAAAAAAAUAACAAUAUGAAUUUUACUUUCUUGAUCAUUUAUAACUCCAAUCUAAAUUUGCAGUCGGCAGGUUAUUUUCUCUGCAAGUGUCAUUCUUUCAAUUUCAUUAUUAUUAUUAGAACUUAUUGGUUCAUUCGUUCAAACUACCAUUCAAUUGUCUGACCCCUUUAUUUUUUAGUUUGAAAUUAAACUCAAAAUAAUAUUGAUAUACGAUCCUUAAUACAAAUUGUUUUUAACGUUUCGUUUUAUAAAUCUUCUUCUCGGGAUGAGUAGGAGUAGAGUAGAGUACAUUUCAAUGAUACAGGUUUGGCUCUCGUAAUUUUAUUGUAACUUAUGUUAUCAUGAUUAAACCCGGUGUGCAUUUGUACGUAGUAAUUAGUUUAGUGUGUUUGAAAUUCAAAUAUUCUGUUUCCUCCUGUUAGAAAAGAUGUUGAUAACGAGAGCGUGUGCCAAACUCAUGUUAACUAAAGUUCAAUAAUUGCCGAAUCGUGUAGAAUUGGGAAAAAAUAGGGGGACGACGGAAUUCGGGUGCACAUGCAUAAUUUUAUAAGAAAUAUUAUUAUCUAUGUGGCAACUAUUUCCUACAUGUCAAUUUGCAUUUUCAGUUAUAACUUUAUUAUGAAUUGUUCUGGUAGCCGUAUGAAAAAUAUUAUGUCUGUUUCUCUUUCAAGUUUCAAUUCAGCAUGCACGAAUCGUAUUAUAAGUAAAUAAUGAUGAUGAUGAUAAUAAUCUUUGUUAACACUCGUUCUUAUUAGUUUUAGUGUUAGGUAGUUAAUUAAUUAGUGUUAAUUAUUGAUGGAAGACUGCAACUCUUUACUGUCUAUCUUGUAUACAGAGGUCUCUAUCCUAUCGACUCUCUCCAAAUGAGAGACCAUUUAUUUCUUAACUGCUAAGGACUCUUUCUAUUCUUUCAUUUCCGUUUAUAGUAUUUUUUUCUUAUGUUAAGAAUGGGGUGGGGACAUGUGUUUACUUUACUACUACUCAAUAUAUAUUCAGACAGUACAUUUAUCUAUUAUUACGUAAUUCCCUACAUCUACAUAUUUACUACACCAACCAACUAAAAAAAGGGGACUAUUAUUAUAAAGAAACUCGGUACACUUACUCUGGAUUAUUAUUACUCUUACAAAUGGGUCCACUCUAUACAACAAGUUGAGAUAUGCGAUUUGCUGGUGAACACAUAUUGUAGAAUAAUAUGCCAACAUUUUAAACCCAGUUUAUAUGUAUGUAAUUACUUACUUACCAGGAGUAAGAAGAGAGAAAGCUAAUAUCUUGUCCUGCUACCCCGAUACAUUAAUUUUUAGUGUAUGUAAUACCUAUCAUUUUACUAGUUGACUUAUUCUUUAAAAAAAAUUCUUGUAAUUCGUAAAAAUCUGUCCACUCUCCUCACAUUUAAUAUGCUACGUACGUAUUAAGCCUUAUUUCAAUUUAGAUGAUACGCAAAAAUAGUCUCCCCGAAGAAGAGAAAAAAAAACACUUAUCCAUUUUUUCCACUCACACACUGGCCACAGGACCGUGUCAUCCAUCCUACGCCUUUCUCUGUGAAAAAAUGGCAUAAAACAGAAUGCCGUACAAAUAAUAUUACGAUAAUACAUAAAUAGGUUAGAUAAACGAGAGAAAUGAAGAAAUCCAGGCAGAAGUAUAUAUAUAUUGACGAUAAUAUAAAUAUAUUGUAUAUUCUAAAAUAUCAUGAAAAAAAACAGGACACUAUACUUUUCCCAGAGAAAAAAUAUUAUGCAAUGCAACAAUAACCUUAAAUAAAAAACAGUGUCGCCUUGAUUUGCGUUGUCGGAAACUGCGACAAUCGACAAGCAAAUGUUUGUUUGAUACAUGAAAAAAAAGAAUAUGUAAAAAAAGAAAUCUUUGUUUAAAGAGUAUCAGCGUGUGUGAGGGGUGGGUGUGAAAAGUCGAAAGAAUGCGGAUUGAUUGCUUGACGAGGAAAGUUUGUCGGGAGAAAAUCGGUUAAUGUAUAAAAAUUAAAAGUAAAAUGAAAAUUAAGAUUUUUUUCGUUGCAUUUUUCUCUCCUCCUCUUUGUGUAGAGUUUAGAUUAUUAUAUAAAUUUACAUUAGAAAAAAAUUGUAAAAUUGAAUGAAAUCUUCAUCACGAAUUUGUUAUCACGUCCAACAACAUCACUGAAGAAGAAAAAAGUUGAGUUGCGUCCAUAAAAUUGAAUUAACAAAAAAAUGAAAUCGUGUACUAGAUCAGAAAUCAUUAUUACAUAAUUAUUAUGUGUGUACUAAUUGUAUAAAAAAAUUCAAAUAUUUGAUGGUGUAGGGUUCAGAAUAAUUAUUAAUGUAAUAAUGGGAAUUUUAUUUCAAUUUCACCAAAAAUAUGAUAAAUGAUGAUGAUGGCGGAAAAGUUAUUUGAUGAUAAAUUAACAUAACUUUUUCCCUUGUUUUUUUUGGUCCUUUGUGGUGGUUAUUAAUUAAUAUGAUUAUAAUUUAAAAUUAUUACUGAAAUCACGGUAUAAAUUUACAUAUUUGUUAAUAUUAUAUUUGUUAUUAAUUGAUGAUUGAUAUUGGGUUUUGCGAAGAUUUUUGAGGAGUUGUGAUGACGUGACCAGCUGUUGAUGUUGCAACGUUAGUUUAGAUUGUCUGUUGUUGAAUUUGUUGAGAAAAUGCUAUCCCUAUAUGCAAAAUUGGAACACUAAUAUUUACACUUUAGCUGAUUGGUUCAUUCAUUGUUAAAAUAUUUACUUGGUAUCAAUUUAUUGGAAAAUUCUUGUAAACAUUAUUAUUAUUACGUAACAUAAACACUAAAUGGAUACAUCAGGCAGGCAGACAGAGACGAGAGGAAAGUUUUCAAAGUUUGGACACGAGUUGUUGAGAGAGAGAGUAGAAAGUUGAAAAGUAGGCAAGGUUUGUUUUGGUUUGAGACGAGGUGAAAGUUGAAUAAAGAUAUAAUAUGAUAAAAUACAUGA